AUGGACAUCGAGGACGUCUACACAGCGUUUCAACUUGCCUACAGGUACUGGCAGAAACCUAUCGAGGGCUUAGGUAAAUGUAUCACCGGCACAGACUAUCGUGCCUCUACCAUCGGCUGGGCGAGGAAAGCCCCUACAUUUACGUUCCACCAUUCGGUGCUGCAGCGCUGUCAGUCCGCCUACCACCUACAACGCAAUCCCUAUCUUGUCCUCCAACUUCUACCGGUGUUGUUUUUCAGCUUCCUCCCCGCCAUUUUCUCGACAGUCUACUCCAAUAUUUGGCAAUAUACUCCUUUUCUUCAAAAUUCGUGGAGCGCUGAGUGGAGCUGCUCGGGAUACCACUCUCCCGGACAACCUAUAAAGAGUGUCGGGCAUAACACCAUUUCGAAGGCCAUCUUGAGGGUGCGAUUUUUCCUUUGUGGUUCCGAGGGCGGACCGACUGUCGAACUUCCAUGGACUUAA